GUCAACUCCUCCCUCUUCUCUCUCCCACCCACCUAACCUGACUUCAAGUCCCAAUAUUCUCCCCCUCCAACUGAAACAAAGGAAACAAAUAGGAAACUCCAAGAAUGUAGUGUGUUCUCCGAUUUCUAGCAAAGCACGGCAAAGAAAGAGAAAGAACAGCAACAACGAGAAUACCAGUGAAGAGAGAGGCAUAUAGAGAUGGACGACAUACUUUGCGACGAGCUUCUUGAAGAAAUCUUUCAGAGACUUCCGUCAUCACCCUCUUCAUCACUUUCGGUCUCUUUGGUCUCCAAGCGGUGGCUUCAUCUCUACCGCACCUCCAAGACCUCCCUCUCUCUCCGCCUUACCCCUCACAAUUCCACUAUCCCUUUAUUUUCCUCCCUACUGUCCCACUACCCAUCUCUUGUCUCCCUCUCUCUUUUCGUCCCCUCUGAACCCACAGCCCCAGCCUCCACUUUUUCUGAUCAUCUCCUCCUUAUUGUCUCUACAUAUUGUUCCAAGCUUCAUAAUUUGAGGUUCUUGGCAGGUUUGGUCUCUCUUUCCUCUCUAAGUUCCCUCUCUUCGACCUGUACCCGCCUGACCUCUCUCUGUAUCAAUCUCUCUAGGCCUGUCUUUUUUAGUUGGGUUGUGAAUUUUCCUGCUUUAAAGGAUUUAUCAGUCUUUGUAUGCCCUGGGCAAGGCCUUGAACAAGAAAUUCAGUUUUCUUGGGAACAUGGAAUGUGGCAAAAUGAGGAUUUUGAUACAGAAUUGGGCUUGGAGAGUCUUCAUUUGUCUGGAAUUCGAGCAGAUGAUUGGGGCCUGAGAUGGCUAUGGAGGAGCUGCAAAAGGCUGAAGAAAUUGCAGCUACGGAGCUGUGAGGGUAUUGGUGAUGGAGGUUCUUUUUCGUCCUUUGUUAGGUGCUUGCAGGGUCUUCAAGAGGUGGAGCUCAGGACUUGUAGGAGUAUAGUUGAUGGGGUGCUGUUAAAAUUGGCUGAUAGUUGUAAUUCUCUAAGUUCUCUAUUGGUUUAUGAUGGCGGUAGCAGAGAGGGUCUGCUGAGGUUCAUUACCCAGAGCAGGUGCGAUUUGCAAAAACUAGAUCUCCGACUACCACUUGACCUUAAUAACGAUCACCUCUCGGCUGUUGCUGUGAAUUUCCGGUGUCUUUCGAGUAUUAGGCUUCAAAGUUGUUGUCUUGUUACUGGUGAAGGCCUUAAGGCUCUUGGGGUUGCCAUGAGUUCUAGGCUUGAAGAAUUGGCAUUGAUAAAUUGUGAUGUUGUGGAACGAGAACCGGGGUUGCUUGCCACAUUGGGGCAGAAUUUGAGGCAAUUGAGGAAAUUGGACUUAUCUUAUAAUGAAACGUUACUUGAUAAGGAGUUUAUUUCGAUGUUAGUUUCGUGCAAUGAUAUUAUUGAUUUGAAGUUGAGAGGGUGUAAAGGGCUUACCAAUGCAAGCAUGGUCUCUAUGUUUAAGAGUUGCAAGCGCUUGAAGGAUGUUGAUAUUAUGCAUUGUUGUGGAAUUGGGGCCGAGGCAGUGGAGCUGUUUGUUCUAAAUUCUCCGCAGUUGAGACAGAUGCACAUUGAGGAAAGCAAGCUUUCCGAUGUUGCAAGGACAUGGGCAUCAAAUAAGUUUAUUAAGUUGGUUGUUUAAUUGGGAACCGGCUGGAAAAGCAGCCGUUUAAAGUUAAAAGAGUUUUCAAGUGAGACAGGUACAUAUCACCCCACUUGUAGCAAGCAAGUUUGUAAAUUUCUGUUGCUGGAACACAAGGAGCGACUUUUGGCUCAGUGAGUAAUUAUGAAUACAAUUGUGUAUUAUAUUUCAUGAUUUAACUUUGUACUUCUGAAAUAUACAUGUUGGGUUGGUUCUUCUUUGGCAUGUUA